CUCCUACAUUGUCACCAAGUUUUUUUCCUUCUUUCGUUUUUGACGAGUCGGCUUGUCACACAAAACCCAUCCCGACUCCUGCACGGACUGAGGUCUAUCCGCCGCUUCAAGUUUGAAACCGUGGCGAUGCCGAGGGACGAUCCUGUGGUCACUGUUCAGCUUUUUGCUGUCGUACGAGAGCACAUCACGUUUGAUAAGUAUUCGUUUCCGCCUCACAAACUGUCCUGUCUGGAUUUACAUUGCCUUUCCAUCGUGAUUUGCGCACGUCUUUUCUUCAUUUCUAUAAUCUCAUCUACCAAAGCCUCAAACGAAAACCACGAACCCGAUAUUGUCUAUUUCCACUCGACAAUGGGACAGAAAUCAGUUCUGAUUACUGGGUCAAGUGAAGGGGGAAUUGGAGACGCCUUGGCCAAAACCUUUCACAAGAAAGGACUCCGAGUAUUCGCAACUGCUCGAAAUCUUACUAAAGUUCAACACCUCAAAGAACUCGGACUGGAAAUCUUGCCUCUAGAUGUCACAGAUGACGCCUCGAUCAAGCAGGCCGUUGAGAAUGUCAAGGCUGCUACCGGAGGAACUCUUGACAUCCUAGUCAAUAACUCUGGCGGAGGAUAUAACAUGCCAUUGUUAGACUCUGAGGUUGCUAUAGCCAAAAAGAUGUUCGACGUGAAUGUAUUUGCCCUGAUAGCAGUAACGCAGGCAUUUUCACCGCUUCUCAUUGCUUCCAAAGGGACAGUCGUCAACAUCGGCUCUAUUGUUGGAAAAUUUCCUUUGCCUUGGCAAGGUUAUUACAACGCCAGUAAAGCAGCAGUCAACCUUCUCAGUGAUCAAUUGCGCAUUGAGCUCUCUCCAUUCAACGUCAAGGUCGUCAACGUAGUCACCGGAUCAGUCUUAACCAGGUUCAUGGAGAACCUAGCAAGCCCACCUCGUCUACCACCAAAUUCUCUAUAUUCUCCAGCGAAGAAGGAAGUCGAGGAGCUCAUGCUAGGCGAGCUUGCAUUAGAAAAUGCCAUGAAAGUAGAAGUAUAUGCUGAAGGCGUUGCCAGCAAUGCGCUGAAGUCGAAUCCCAAAAAGAUUCAGUGGAUUGGGGGCGAAACGUUUCUAAUUUGGCUAGGGGAUACUUUUGGUUGGGCUACCAUAUGGGAUCUCAUCCUUCCAAGAGCAACGAAUCUUGGGCUUGUUCAAAGAAAGAUCCGAACAACGUCGCAGCCGAUUUCGAAAUAAGCAAUGCCUCAGAAACAAGCAGCUGUAUUUUUAUAGCCUUUUUUUUUAUUUCCUC